AUGUCAAAAGCAUCGAGUGCGCGUCUUUUAAAGCUCGCUUUGCCUCUGGUGAAGACACACGGCUUCACUCGGGCAGCCCUCGCGCGAUCUGUGCUCGCGUUACCUGAGGGUGAAGCACAUACAGUGCCUCUCUCCGAUACUGCUGUCUCAGCUCUCUUCGGGAAUGGCGACACCGCACGGCGGACACUAAUUGACGCAUGGAUGAAAGAAGGGCUUCGACAUAUGUCUUCAGUGUCAGCUUCAAAUGUCUCGGAUUCAACUAAUAGUAUGAAGAGGGCUUCGCUCCGAGAUGUUCUACGUGCGCGUUUGGACUAUAAUGAGCCUGUGCUUGCGCAUCUCCCAGAGGCAUUCGCUUUGUUGGCUUCGCCAAAAUACGGUAUUCCGCCUUUGGACCCGACACCUGCGCUCAAACAUGCGGCGAGUGUAGCGGAUGAAGCUUGCUAUGUAGCAGGGGACCAAUCGCUCCAACGUAUAUCUGAUGCAUUUACAUGA